AUGAGGCCGUUAGAGUCUCCCUAUGUUAUGCCCCUUCGCUCUAUCGAGGAGCUUGAUGCUGUUCCAGGCGUGUUGUCAAGUUUGAACAAGGCUAUAACGCGCCCAAAGGUACUCCCCGCUCGUUUAGAGGCAGACGUCGAUAUAUUAUCAACCUGCCUUCGACUAUCAUGCACGAAUGAGGCGACUCCAAAUUCGAAGACGCAUUUUCUGACGCUCAUGCUCACUGUGGUUAUGCGCGCCCAUGGAGAACGCAUCAUCACUUGUUGGGAUGCCGAGCUCGCUUUGCCGAGACACCCUCGCGCCCAUCUCGAAACUCUCACCGACUGGCUGCCGAAGACCUGCAGAGCGACCGCAGUCUCGAUGAUUGUGUUGGAUUACGAAGAGGAGCACUCGAAUCGUGCUGCGGCUACCACGUCGACCUCUCUGACGACGGAACGUCCGCCGUGCACCGAAAGCGAACAUAGCAAUACUACCAAAGGGACAUGCGCAGACGACGUAGAUGUUGAGGAAGACUUCGAAGCAGAGUCUGAAACGUGCCCGGAGGGCGGCAAACACUCCGCCUUGGAUACUCGGCCUCUGCAGCUUCAUCUGUUCGCACACGCCAGCGUCUCCACCCCCUUCUGCAUCCCAAUGGCAUGCUUGGCCCCCUACGAAACUGUACUGGACGUGAUGGCUAGUGCUUUGCAACAACGCCGUGCAUGGGGGCUCGCAAAUACGCCACUUUUGGGUCUGGCCUUUGAUCCACGUUGUACCCGCGUGCAAACGCUCUGGGGCUGGUUUGAAGAUGAUGCCAGUGAGGAAUGCUGUUUGCCUUUACCCCGGGUGACAUUCAGUACCACGCCUCCCGCUAUGAGUACACAAACUCCAUCUUUAUUCGGCACAUAUGAUCUGGCCGAUCGCACCUCAGCGCUUGCGUUUACCCACCUUCUACACUCAGUGGUACUUGACUCUAUGAACCUACCAUCUGCGAGCAAGACUGCGUUCCGUGCCGGGACGGGCUACGAAGAGGUCCCUAUCUGGCGUUCCGAUACACCGAUGACGCGAAUGGACGAGCCUUCCGUCAAUGACCGUGUGAACUCCUGGUUGGAGAAGCUCCCACCCCCGGACAUGGACACGGGUAGUGUUUUAUCUGGUCUUCCAUCGGCCCCGCCCUCCUCGGCCCCUCCGUUGGUCGGUAAAGAUGAAAGGAAAGCUGCAUCCAAUGAGAAAGGAUAUAUCGCAAGACCCAGUGCUCAAAGCAGUAGCAGCAUGAUUUCCCCCUCCGCCAGGCAUCCUGACGUACCAUGCGACAACGUAUACUUCUGGGGCUUGUCGCGCACAGUCUUGGUUCGCUCUUUCAAUGGUGCUCUAUACAACACCGAAGUGGCGACGGAGACCGUGACGCCGCCGUGGCAUGACGCUCUGGUGGAGUAUCAGGAUAUGGUGCAACCGCAGUACAAUCUGUCUGAAAGUAUAAAGCGGUACAGAAGGAUCUGGGGUCAGGGCGACGAAGGUUACGUGGGAGGCUUUCUACAGAACGAGCAUGCCCAAGACAAGGCAGCCGAUGAGCGCAGCGAUGAAUUAGAGGAGUGCUUGCUUGCUUUGAUUCCGGCCAUCUUCCUCGUAGUCGAGCUCGCCCAGGAGUACCAUGCAACGACUCUUGUGCUCGGACACUCCAUCGUGCCGGAAGCUAGCUGGCGGAUCCUGUGGGAUUUCUUGUCAGCGGCUGUUCUUGUUCAGCUGCAGCUUCUGCGUGCCGCUGACGAUCCGGUCGUGGAUGUACUGGACAUACUCGAGGAAACGAUGAGGCUCCCUCACGCGGACGGUUAUAUCGAGAAGCGAGCCAAGACGCUGAGGUACAUUAACAACAUCUCUAACAUGCUCGCCCGCGAAAGCGAGGUCAUCGACGAUGCGAACGCUGCGUCCGCCGCUCAGGACUUUUGCGACGACAUCGCUGCCCAGAGGCUCGCGACGCUGCAGAAGCAGGCUGAGUAUGCGGCGUUCUAUCAUUUGCAGGCCGCUGGCCGCUGGGUCACGGAGUGGCACAGGCCAAAACUGGACCACAGGAAAGCUCCGUUGCGCACAAAGGCGGACGGGCCUCUGGCUCUCGCUCUGAACGACUUCUUUGACGACGCUGAUCUCCGCUCGUACCGUGCCAGACCUGAGAGUGAAUUGUUCUUGCCUCUGGAGAUCUCCCACCAGUCCUUCAAACCUCUAUCGCACGCCGCGCAACCCGCCACCGGGUCCGACAUAUACCGUCCUGAAGGACAGAUGGAUGCGAAGACCCUCGCAGAUCUUGAUAAGCCUCACUCUCUUGACGAUACACUGGCCGCUGGUAUCGUGAACGAAGGGUCAUCAGUAGCCGCUGGGUCGUCGGGCCGGCAAAGCAGGUGUGAGGCACGCCUCGAUACUUUACGCGCACGCACCGACCAGGCGACAUCGGCUGCAGACCUUCCCAACGCUCCUCAGUCAUCGAACUUACUGGUGCCAUUCUGUGUACGCGAAUCCAAGAGACCACUCUGUCAUCCCGAGGACUCUGGCGUUCAUCAAUCCCGCAUGGGCCUCACCGCCUGCACGAAGUUUCUCGGCGUUCUGGGGGUCUCGCAGGGGCCGACCUACGGGAUAAUCACGGAGGGUCCGCUCGGCAGCGUUCACAUGUCGGUUGGCGUGCCACAGACCGGGAACGAGACUUUCAGUCUGACGAAAGAGCCCGAUGAAUUGGCCGUGCAUGUAUUCGAACGCGGUGCCACCGUCUUUGAUCUUCAACAGGAAGAAAGCGCCUUCGCGUACGUGGCCUUCCUUGUGCGUUUGCACACGGAGGUGGCGCGCGCUCUCGCUGAGAAGCUGAAGAACGCCCGGGAGCAUGUGCGGGCGUUGUAUCUGAAAGAAGACGAUCGGCUGUCUUGGAGCAUGUUGCAGCACCCUGCUGUGGUAGCCCACGAGAAGGCUAAGGCGGAGAAGAUUGCAAAGGCAGGGGCGAGUAGCCAGGCGCCGGGCGGGAAGGCACCUUGA